GACUGCUGUACACAGUACACACUACUUAGCGCUAGCUUUUAUUUUAAAUGAGGUUGAAGAGGAAUUAAAAUAUUGAUUUGUUGAAUACACUUCGGUGUUAUUUUAGUUUUUAAAUUGAUUUUUUAAAUUGGUAAGAGUAGUUGCCAUCGGUGUUUUCAAUCUAAACCAGUUAUAUUUUAGGGAAUCAAAACCAAAAUAAAAUUUAUUUCCGUUUCCAUUCGCUUUGAUUUGCUUAUUAUGGUUAUUUCAUAGAUACAAUGGAAGGCAAAAAAAUUUGGUCGAAAAAUGAAGUAUUUAAAUUUAUCGCCCGAUAUAAACAUUAUAGAGAAUUAUGGGAUACUAAAUCUAUAGAGUAUAGAAAUACUCUUAAAAGAAGAAAUGCACAUAGUAAAUUAGCUGCUGAAUUUAAAACCACAAUUGCUGAAAUAGGUAGGAAGAUCCGCACUUUACGAAGUCAAUUUUUUUAUGAAUACAAGAAAAUGUAUAAUGAUGAAGAUGAGUAUGGAUCUUCUUCACAGAGUGCAUACGUAACCAAGUGGAAGUACUAUGAACCUUUACAAUUUAUUCUUGUUUCAAGGGAAGAUAUGGUGGAUGGUUCUGAUCUCCUGGAUUAUAAUAAAGAUAUAUUUGAAGAUUCAAACUCAAAAGUCAAUAAGGAUUCAAUCAGUGACUCGGAAGAUGAACCACAAAUCUUAAUUGUAAGUCAGAAACGAAAAAGGUCUAAUUCAUCAACAGAUAGCAGCAACAACCAAUCGGACCCAAGUUUUCAAGUUGACAAUGAUGAAUUUCAGAUAUUUGGUAAUUAUGUGGCAAAUAAAUUAAGAGCAAUGCAUUAUGAGAAAAAUAAAAAAGAAUUGAAAAGAUUGAUUCAACAGCAUGUUAUAAGAUUGACUGAAGAAGAUGACCGAGAAUACUAUUCAAAUUGAAAAAAUCUUUAUAAAACUUUUUAAAAAAA